AUGCCCGUCAACCAUGGAUGGAAUGGCCGGUGGAGCAGACGUAGUCACGCGGCCGCCCGGUCGUGGUUACCCUUACAUGAUUACAUCCUGGUAUUGCUGGGUAUUAUCUAUUGGUUUGGGAACGGGUAUCCCCGUACCCGGGCCGUAUGGUAUUAUGUCGGGAAAUCCUCGCUUGUCUCGGUUUCAUCCAUGAUCCAUCUCGCCUCAAUCAAGUCAGCUCGGUUGAGACUUGAGUCCGUUCGCCAUCCGGCCCCGUCCGCCGUCGCCGUCGCCAUCGCCAUCGCCAUCGCCAUCGCCAUAGCCACAACUCGCAAACCACAGCAGCUGGAGAGGCGGGAUGGAGACAUCGUCGGCGGUGGACAACUGUCAUAUCAGAGAAGCCCCAAGCCAAGGAAGGGUUCUUCGGCCAUGGUCCCAUCCGGUCACAAGCCCUCGCGCGCGCUCUUCCCUGGGUGGAGCGCGACUGCAUGCACCGAUGCGGGGGUCGAGGAACGCUUUCCACUGGCUGGCGGGCGGGCUGCUGUUCAACGCUCCCCGGUGAAUGCGUCCCUCCGUCGAGCGGAGCUCGUUCACGACUUGCUGCUGCUGCUGCUGCUGCUACUGCUGCUACUCCUGAUCCUGCUCCUGCUCCUAGCCUCCUCCAUUUGCUGUUGGGGAUCCAUCCUGCAGGCUCUGCUCGAGCUCGUGUUGAUAAACCGGAUUUACAGGCUUAGCAGCUCGGUCGCGCGUCUAGAUAGAUAG